AUUUCCAGGUUUUUCCCUGAGGAGUUUACAAUCUGCAAGAACAUUUGGCCAGCAUAUGAAGAGGGAAUAUGAAGGGGAAAAUAUUCUGUUGCAAUCUUUGGCACAGCGGGAUGAUCCCGUACAACAAAUGAACUCGCAUGAGGCAGGAACACUAUGGAAGAAGGGGAUGACUUACUCAAGAAAAGUGCUGCCAAAAGGCACAACUUCUACCAUUCCUUCCACAUCAGCCUUUCCUACAAGUUCUACUCCUGCUAUUGAAGACAGGAGUAAAGCAGAGAACCAAGUUGCUUCUGAUGAUACACCAAUCUCCACUUUUGACAAAGAUGGUGUGGGAGGCACAUCAUUAGCUAAUACCAGAAGCAAGACAUCUGAUGUUAUUGAACCACCCAACUGCCCUGUGAAAUUUGAAAAUCUUGAAGACUUCUUUGCUCGAGUUAGUGGACAAAUUAAACGAGUUCAAUCUCUUGUUUUUUCUGCUGAUCAAUCUUCUCCCAUAGAUUAACAGAUAUCCGCCAUGCAGAAGUCUACACCAUCAGCGGAAAUGCUUGUCACAGCAAAAGGUGAUAUUGAGAGAUUACUAAUCAUGCCUUCUUAAGACAUGCUUCUACCAGAAAACUGUUCAGCAUUAAGUGCAGCACUAUCAAUAUAUGCUGCAGCACCGGAUUUAUCAGCUGAGAGAGCGCUUGCCUUGGAGAAACUCAAAGAGAACCUUCCGCUCUUUUCCUUGACUUUGCGUAGAGCUAAGAAGGACCAAGCGGAGUAUUAUAAGAAGGCUGCCAAGAAAGUGCACCUCAUCGACGAGCUCAGAAAAGAGCAGGAACUCUAUACUGACUUCAAAGACUGCAACAACAAACUUGAAUACAAAAUCAGCAAUCUGGAGACAACUUUGAAGGAUGCAAAGAUACAAAGAGAUGCAAUCCUGGAGCAAAAACUGAAUUUGGUGAGGAUGUGCUUUCAGAAGUCUAGUGCGCUUGAUGAAAUGGAAGCUGAGUUUCGUUUCCUGAAGGAGAUGAAGGAGCUAGCUGAUUCGGAUGCUGCUCGACUGGAAGCAAGCUUGAGAGACUUCAAGAGUAAGAUAAUUGAGUGAUCGCUUGCAUAAACCGUUCUUCAUGUAUAUUUUCUGGCUAGUAAGAGCAUGUAAAUAUUACAUGCCAAGUUAGUCCAAACAUGUACUGUGGAAGCAAAAGUGUACAAGUUAUGGUUUCUGGUGAACUUGUGG